UAUCGUGUUUUAUCUAACGGUCUUGGACAUUAGUUCAUUAGGUUACUUAUUGUCAUUAAACGAGCUUUGAACUCUCAAGCACAAUAUUCCUUCGAGAGUCAUAUGACACAGCAAAGCACAAGAAAAUUUCGAGAAAAAUGUCAAAACAAAAUGGAUUUCAUGUCGUCACCCCACUUCUCGAGAGCACGGACAUGUCUAAGCGAAUCGGGACCACCGUGUAUAUGAAGAUGGAGAGCUCACAACCCACAGGUUCCUUCAAAAUCCGUGGAAUAGGAUACAUGUGUCAAAAUGUCGCAAGUUCAAACAAGUCAAAAGGUGUCAUUUGUUCUUCAGGUGGUAAUGCUGGAAUGGCCACAGCAUAUGCAGCAAGAAAACUUAACCUACCAGCCACCAUUGUUUUGCCCUCGUCAACACCUCAGCUGGUAGUUCAGAAACUUAAGGACCAGAAAGCUACGGUCAAAGUUGUGGGCAAGGUAUGGGAUGAUGCAAAUGCUGAGGCCCUGCGAUUGGCUGAAAGUGAAGGUCUUACUGUAAUACACCCGUUCAACCAUCCUCUAGUGUGGAAAGGUCAUACCAGUAUUGUGCAUGAACUCAAGGCUUCAUUGCCAUCCAAACCUGGAGCUUUAGUGGUGUCCGUAGGAGGUGGAGGUCUGUUUUGUGGGAUAAUAGAUGGUCUGGAUGAGGUGGGCUGGGGAGAUGUGCCUGUCCUGUGUAUGGAAACCGUGGGUGCCGAUUGUCUCAACGUUGCUCUGAAAGCCAAAAAUCUGGUUACACUGCCUGAUAUUACAAGUAAAGCAAUAUGUUUGGGAGCAAAAACGGCAUGCCAGCAAGCGUUUGAAUACAGCAAGCGGCCCAAUGUCAUUUCAGAGGUGGUGACGGAUCUACAGGCGCUGGAGGCAAUAGAGCUGUUCCUGGAUGAGGAGCGUGUGUUGGUGGAGCUGGCUUGCGGAGCGUCAUUGGCUGCAGUGUACAGCGGUGUCAUCCAGAGGCUACAGGAAGAGGGACGCCUUCCUAAACCACUCGACUCGCUGGUAAUGAUCGUGUGUGGGGGUGGCAGCAUGAACCUGGCUCAGCUGCAGCAUCUACAGGCAGUCAUACGGAAAUGACCACAUCUGUAGAUUUUCACAUCUGAGAUUAAUGGUCAAAGCAUCUGCUUUGAGUUGCACUGAUGUGUUGUGUUACGUAAAUCAAAAGUUAAUAUGGAUAAUCCACUGUAUUUCACACAGCUGAGAGCAAACUGUCUAUCAGAAAAGUCUGUUUUGAGCAAACAUCCAGAACUAGACAUAAUCUUCAGAUUUUCUGUAAAAGCUUGUUUUAGUAAAACGGUGUAAUAAAAUUAUUGGACGGAUCGCCUCAGAA